AUGGCUCUUUCUGGCAUUUCAUUGUGGGCAGGGCACCUGAAUUCCUCCUUCUCUGGAAACCACAGCAACACCACACAGUUCCCACUGGAUGGUUCAUGCUGGGAGUCUUUUGCUGUAACGCUGAUACUGGUGCUGUGCUAUGGCCUGGUGCUCAUCAUGGGGUUGGUAGGCAACAUCCUACUCAUCUGCAUCAUUGCGAGGCAGAGGGACCGCCCCAACGUCACCAGCAUCUUCAUCGCCAACCUGUCCACCUCUGACAUCCUGAUGUGUGUUUUCUGCCUGCCCUUCACCCUCAGCUCCAUGCUGAUGGACCAGUGGGUGUUUGGUGCAGCACUGUGCCGGCUCACACCUUUCAUCCAGUGCAUGUCUGUUACUGUAUCUGUGCUGUCCCUGGUGUUAAUAGCUCUGGAGCGCCACCAGCUGGUCCUGCACCCUUCAGGCUGGAAGCCAAGCCCUGCCCAGGCCUGCUCUGCCCUCCUGGGGGUGUGGCUUGUGUCUGCAGUCACUGCUUUGCCAUUCCUGGCUUUCCAGCUGCUGAGCAGUGACCCCUACAGUGAGCUCCCACCUCCACACAGCCAGCUGCAGGCCUGCCAUGAAAUGUGGCCUUCAAUGCAGGACAGACGGGCCUACAGCACCGCCCUGCUGGUGUUUCAGUACUGCGGCCCACUGCUGCUCAUGCUCCUCUGCUACUUGCGCAUUUUCCUGCGCCUUCAGCACAGGCGCAGCCUACUGGAGCGCCAGUGUAGCUGCAGCCGUGCGGAAGAACAAAGGCGCGUAGCACACAGCAAGCGUGUUAGCAUUAUGCUGGUUGCAUUGGUGAUGGCUUUCGGAGUGUGCUGGCUGCCACUGAAUAUGUUCAAUGCAGUGGCGGACUGGAAUGAGGAGGCACUGCCCGUGUGCCAACAUGAUCUAUUGUUCUCAUUCUGCCACCUGCUGGCGAUGAGCUCCACCUGCAUCAACCCCAUCAUCUAUGGCUUCCUAAACACCAACUUCCGCAGUGAAGUGCGCUCCGCACUGCUGCACUGCCACUGCCGGCCACUAGAGGAAAACUAUGAGAACAUCCCACUUUCCGUCAUGAACACAGACAUGUCUCGAGCUUCUUUAAGAACUAACUACAGAAACCACUCUGUCUGA